AAUGCUGUUGAUGCGCGUUUACGCACCCAACCAGUUCUAAAUGACCUCAUGGAGUUGCGAGUUUAGAGUGGGAGGAGCUCCAACAGUACCUUUGGUCCAUCAGGGGAUUCAUGUGGAGAUAAGCUGUUGGAAAACUUUCUGCUGGGAUAUCCAUGACAUAUAUCAGGGGCAGAGUGAGAGGAUCCCAAGAAUCGGACCAUGUUCAAGGCAGUGCUGAAGAAGAGCAGAGACGGAGGGAAGGGGAGCAAGAAGGAGUCAGUGGGUGAACUCCACAGUACCCACAGUGCCCAGCGAAGGUGCCAGCCUGUCGGCGAUUCCCUCCAGACCCAUGAGUCCGGUGGCCCCCGCCACCCCUACACCCCGGAGGAUGUGUUCAGACUGAGCCUGGCCAAGGGCGUGUCCAUGUCCCUGCCCUCCUCACCCCUGUUGCCACGCCAGGCCUACAUGUUGCCUUCCCGCAGUAGCAAGAAAUCUCCCGGUCCAAUCAGGAAGCCCAAGUAUGUCGAGAGCCCUCGCGUUCCUGGGGACGCCAUCGUUUCAGCGCUAAGGACGGUGGCUGACAGCAAUGCAGAGCCGCAUGCCGAGAAACAGCCAAGCUCCUCCUCCUCCCCUGCCACUCAGGAGCUGAUGACAAGGCUGGGCUUCUUACUGGGAGAAGGGAUCCCGGGCACGGCUCACAUACCUAUGGAAGACAAGAAUGAAAAGAAGUGUUCAGUGACUAGUCAGGGCAUCAGUCCCUGCUCCAGUCUGACCAGCAGCACGGCGUCCCCCAGCACAGACAGCCCGUGCUCCACCCUCAACAGCAACGCCAGCCACAGCGGCGGUGGUCACGGCAGGCCCCUCCAGAGUCACUCCAGCCCCUGUGGGACCAUCACCAGCCCCAGCUCCACACUCGAGAGCAAGGACAGCGGGAUCAUCGCCACCAUCACCAGCUCCUCUGAGAAUGACGACCGCAGCGGUUCCAGCCUGGAGUGGAGUAAAGAUGGCAGCCUGAGGAGCAGCGGGCAUCAUGGCCUGGCGCCCAGCGUGCGGGCCGAUACGUGCUCUCCCGUGGCGGAGGAGGACCCCAGCGGGCCCCCAGAGACCCCUACCCCAUCCAGGAUAGAGCACCCUACAGGCUUCUCAGCAGGGGCUGUAGGAGGAGCAGCAGGACCAAGCCACCCACCAGAGGGCCCCAUUCCGUACCCCACGGCACACACAACCUCAUCCCUCAUGAUGCCGCGGCCCAACUCUGUUGCAGCAACCAGUUCCACAAAGCUGGAAGAUCUGAACUAUCUUGAUGAACAGCGUAACACCCCCCUGCGGACCUCCAUCCGGCUGCCCUGGCAUAACACAGGGGGGAGGGCACCACAGGACCCCAAAGGUCGCUUCGCUCCAUACAAGCCGGUGGACAUCAUGCUCAAGCCGUUGCUGUUCGAGGUGCCCAGCAUCACCACGGACUCCGUGUUCGUGGGCCGCGACUGGCUUUUCCAGCAGCUGGAGGACGCGCUGAAGGGCGGCAGCGAGAACGCGGAGAGCCGCGGCGCCGUCGUCGUAGGUGGCGUGGGCUUUGGCAAGACGGCCGCCAUCUCCCGGCUGGUGGCGCUCAGCUGUCACGGCGGACGCAUGCGCCAGAUUGCCUCCAACAGCCCCAGCGCAUCGCCCAAAAGUGGUGGGGACACUAGGAGUCCAGACCUCCCUCUCAGCCAGCCGCCGCAGCCUAACCCACCGCCUAGCGCCACCAACACCCUGAGGAACAGCAGCUGUCCCAGCACCCCCGAGAUCCAGAGACGCAAGGAGGAGGCCGUCAAACGCCUGGCCAGCAAGGUAGUUGCCUAUCACUACUGCCAGGCUGACAACACCUACACCUGCCUGGUGCCGGAGUUUGUGCACAGUAUCGCCGCCCUGCUGUGCAGAGCACACCAACUUAUUGCCUACAGAGAGUUACUGCUGAAGGAACCUCAUAUACAGAGCAUGCUCAGUCUGCGCUCCUGUGUCCAGGACCCCAUGGCAGCCUUUCGCCGGGGUGUGCUAGAACCACUCACCAGUCUUCGCAAGGAGAGGAAGAUUCCUGAGGAGGACCACAUCAUUCUGGUGGACGGGCUGAAUGAGGCAGAGUUCCACAAGCCAGACUACGGAGACACCAUUGCCUCCUUCAUCACCAAGAUAAUCUCCAAGUUCCCCCCCUGGCUCAAACUGGUGGUCACCGUCCGAGUCAACCUACUGGAAAUCACCAGCCUCCUUCCCUUCUUCAAGAUCUCCCUGGAUGACUUUCCAGACAACAAGGACAUCAGCACAGAUCUCAACGCCUACAUCCAGUACCGCAUCAACGGAAGCCAGGAGAUAAUGAACAACAUCUCCCUCAACGGCAAGGCCGAUCCCGUCGUCGUGGGCAAGGUGAGCAGCCACCUGAUCAGCCGCAGCCAGGGCUCCUACCUGUACCUCAAACUUACCCUGGAUCUGUUUGAGAGGGGCCAUCUGGUCAUCAAGAGUGCCAGCUACAAGGUGGUGCCCGUGUCCCUGGCCGAGUUGUACCUGCUGCAGUGCAACAUGAAGUUCAUGACCCAGUCAGCGUUUGAGCGCUCGCUGCCCAUCCUGAACGUGGCCCUGGCGUCUCUUCACCCCAUGACCGAUGAGCAGCUAUUCCAGGCCAUUAAUGCGGGCGCCGUGCACGGCGAGCUGCCCUGGGAAGACUUCCAGCAACGCAUGCAGACUCUGUCCUGUUUCCUGAUCAAACGGCGAGACAAGACGCGCAUGUUCUGCCACCCGUCCUUCAGAGAAUGGCUGGUGUGGAGGGCGGACGGGGAAAGCACAGAAUUCUUAUGUGAUCCCAGGAGUGGACACGCUCUCAUGGCCUUCAUGCUUUCUAGACAAGAGGGGAAACUGAACCGGCAGCAGACCAUGGAGCUUGGCCACCAUAUCCUCAAAGCACACAUUUUCAAGGGUCUGAGUAAGAAGACAGGCGUGUCGUCCAGUGUGCUGCAGGCCCUGUGGAUCAGCUGCAGCGCUGACGGCCUCUCUGCAGCCCUGGCCUCUCUGAGGAACCUCUACACCCCCAACGUCAAGGUGAGUCGUCUACUAAUGCUGGGCGGGGCCAACGUCAACUACCGGACCGAGGUGCUGAAUAAUGGCCCGGUGCUGUGUGUCCAGUCCCAUCUGGGCCACCAGGAGAUGGCCGGCUUGCUGCUGGAGUUUGGGGCCAGUGUAGACGUGUUGUCUGAAAACGGCAUGACCCCUCUCUGCUUCGCCUCCGCCGCUGGACACCUGGGCCUCGUCAACCUUCUCUGCAAAAGAGGAGCCAAGGUUGACCAUGUAGACAAGAGUGGUCAGUGUGCCCUGGUCCACGCAGCUCUGAGGGGCCACCCUGACAUCAUCCAGUACCUUCUGGACCUGGAAUGGACUCCGGACAGCCAGCAGCAGAGCUGCAACCUGAAGAACAAGGCCCUCCCGCAGGCUUUGAUCGCCGCCUCCAGCAUGGGACACACGCAGGUUGUGAGAGGCUUGUUGGCAUUGAAUAACGAGCACGCCGUACACAUCGACGGCCAUGACACACUGUGGGGAGAAACGGCUCUGACGGCAGCAGCUGGCCGGGGGAAGAUGGACGUGUGUGGAUUCCUGCUGGAGAAGGGGGCCGUGGUGCAGCAGGUCAACCGCAGGGGCGUCUCCCCUCUCUUCUGUGCUGUCAGGCAGGGACACUGGCAGAUUGCAGAGCUGCUGUUACAGCACGGUGCUGACGUGAACGUCAGUGACAAACAGGGACGGACACUGCUCAUGGUGGCGGCGUGCGAAGGCCAUCUGAGCACUGCCGACUUCCUGCUGUCAAAGGGUGCAUCAUUAACUUCGAUGGACAAGGAAGGGUUAACGCCCCUGAGCUGGGCGUGUUUGAAGGGACAUAAGAACGUUGUGCAGUUUCUGGUGGAGAAGGGUGCAGUCAUAGACCACACAGACAAGAAUGGGCGGACUCCGCUGGACCUUGCUGCCUUCUACGGAGAUGCAGAGAUUGUCCAUUACUUGGUAGAGAGAGGAGCGGUGAUAGAGCAUGUGGACUGCAGUGGCAUGAGGCCGUUGGACCGGGCGAUUGGUUGUCGGAACACGUCGGUAGUGGUAACCCUCCUGAAAAAGGGCGCUAAACUGGGCUACAGAACAUCGCCUUAUGAUCGAUCAGGUAAUGCAGCCUGGGCUAUGGCUACAUCCAAGCCUGACAUCCUAAUUAUUCUCCUGCAGAAGUUAAUGGAAGAGGGGAAUCUGCUUUACAAGAAGGGGAAGAUGAAAGAGGCAGCCCAGAGGUACCAGUAUGCUCUAAGGAAGUUUCCCAGGGAUGGGUUCGGCGAUGACCUGAAGGCCUUCAAAGAGCUGAGGGUGUCUCUGUACCUCAACCUCUCUCGCUGUCGCAGGAAAACCAAUGAUUUCGGUAUGGCUGAGGAGUUUGCAACAAAGGCCCUGGAGCUGAAACCUAAAUCAUACGAGGCCUAUUACGCCCGUGCCCGAGCCAAGAGGAGCAGCAGGCAGUUCACGGCGGCCAUGGCUGACCUUUACGAAGCGGCUAAGCUGUGCCCCAACAACCGGGAGAUCCGGCGGCUGCUCGCCCGUGUGGAGGAGGAGUGUAAGCAGAUGCAGCGCGCCGCUCAGCCCAAACCACAGGGGGCCGUGGGAUUGCCCAGCCAGCCUCCUAACAACCACCACUCUGACCACGAACACCAGGAGGAGGAGGAGGAGGAGGUGUCAGACCACAGCUUGGCUGUGGGUAGAGGUCUGGAUGGACAAAGCCCUCAGGUGUUGAAUGAUGUGGACGAGGAGGAGGAGCGGCCAGACGGGGGAGAUAGAGGAGAUCCCUGGUCACAGAGCAUUUACUCCCUGAAUAGGACUUUGCCUGACUCCCUGAACCUCACCGCCCAGCAGCAUCCACAGCAGAGUCCCAGGCCUGGCUCACCCCCCUCUGGCCUCUCCGGUCCUGGCAGGCUGAGCCACCACCGCUACCCCCCCAGGGAGCCCAGGGAGCCAAUGGCCCAGCACGGCCUGGUCCUCCAGCCCACAAAGCAAGCCCAGAUAGUCAAAACCAACCAGCAUAUGAGCUCCCUACAGACCGGUGGCCGCUCGUCUGGAGCCAAGUCCCAAUCCCAGUAUGCUCCGUCCAGCCCCCUCCCCAGCCGUCACAUGUCCAGCAUGCUGAAGCCAGGGCCGGGGCUAGGCAUCGACAUCAGCCCUCUACCGCCCCCUCCCGAUGAGCCGGUCUACACGGAGCAAUGCUUGUCCAUAUCUGGAGCCUCCCAGUCCCAGAAUAUGGCAUUGAGCUACCACUGUGACAGGGAGAGCGAUUCCCUGCAUUCAUCCCAGUUGUCCUACUCCUCGUCCUGCACAGCCCAGGACCGACUCUCAGCCCACUCUGUGUCUUCUCUGGAACCUCUGACAUCUCCUCAGGGUCACAACUCUUCUGGGCCGGGCCAGGAUCUCAGAAAGGAGUGUGGGGGCAAUGGGAUCUCCCAGGGAGGAGGCGGCAGCAUCCGGGUGUCCAGCUCCACCAGCUCACUGGCCUCCAGCGGUAGUCUGUCCGACAGCGGCAAGCUGCAGGGCCCCGACGUGCGCACCAAGACCACUGCAGACAAAGCCAAGCAGAGCCAGGCCCAGGGAGGUACGAGCGAGUGGAAACCCAGGCCCUUCAUGGGGGUCAUGGACAAGACGGCACGCUUCCUUCAACAGCAACAACAGCAGCGGGAACAGUUCCAGCAGCACCAAGGGCUCCAGGCCCACCAGGGUCUGCAGCAGCCCCCCUCCGGUGUCCUCCGCAGCUGGCAGAGUCACUCUACGGACGGAAUGGUGUGCCAGUCCAUGGGCCUCCAGGUGGCAGGGUCAAACUGUGAGCUACCGUAUGGUAAAACCGGGAGCAAUUACCACGAGCAGCUGAAAACCCCGUCCCAGGGUGCUCUGGGGAACCUGCAGAACGGAAUGCACUCAAAGGAAUUUGCAGAGAAGUUCUGCCAAGCAGCCACCUGCUACAAGGAAUCCAAGCCAGCUCUGGCUAUGCCAUCGCACGCUUUCGUGGACAGUAAAUCCAAACAGCCGAGCUUAGGCCGAGAAAAUCCCGCCAUGCACGUAGCUUCAAUGAAACCAAAGCGAUCAUUCAUAGAGUCCAAUGUGUAGGGAUAUUUGUAUCUCCCCCUCUCUCCACAGUCAUAGACACACAAAGGCACUCAGCUCACAAACUAAUAAACAGAGAGAUAGCUCAAGUUUUACCAGCCCAUCUACAAAAUGGUGUUAUAAGUCUAAACGUUUGAAGAAGUAUGCAAACUGUGUUUGUUUCCCCUGUGAAUAUCCACCACAGGCAGUGUAUUUUGAUUGAAAUAGUAUGAGAGCAGAUUUUUUUCUUUCCUAGUAAUGAAUACGGCUGUCUGCCUCUGUUACGGGACCACAUGCUCCCUCUCAUUCAGCUGGAGACAUUGCACUGAGACAGUCAUUGGGCAUGUACUAAUAGACAAAACAGUGACAGCACUUUACACAUAACAUAGGCCUUUAAGUAAAGUGCUUAUACAAUGUUAUAUAAUACAAUACCAUGUUAUUAAUGAAUUUUUCAAGGUUGAGUAGAAGACAGUAUUUGCAUCCCAAAUGGAACCAUGUUUCCUAUAGUGGUAAAUGAAGUGCAUUUCAUGGGGAAGAGGGUGACAUUUAGGAUGCAUCCAGUGGGAUAUGAACUGUGUUCAUCAUGUCAGUGGUGCUGGAGUCAGAAUUAUGGAACCUUUAAGAGAUAUGUGUUUGAGAUGGACAUUCCUUGGUUCUAAGAAGGAUGUUGUAGAUCCUCAUGUUGUGUAUAUACAGUAUAAAUAUGUAUUUUUCCUUCUUUUGAGUGAAGGUGCAUUUCAGUGUAUUGAAACAUUGUGUAUUUUGAGUUUGAUUUAAUGCACAAUUUGGUUCAGAUGGUGUUAAAGGCUAAAAAGAAAAUGUAUUUGUUUAUACUGUAUGUUUGUACAUUCUAUGAAUUGUUCAAUAACGUUAAAACUAAAUCCUAUGUAUCUGCUUGUUGUAGCUGUCUAGUUUAAUUUAUUUACAGCGCCUUUGGCUUGGUUAAUUGUAAAAGCAAUAUAUUUUACAUAGUUAUUUUUGCACAGCUACUAAGGCAUUUUACGAUUUCAAUAAUAAGCUCUGUUAUUGGUUUAAGUGCAUGCCACAAUUGCAGUUUAUAAUAAAGACUCAGAAAUAAAAAUCUAUACAAAAAAAAAAGUUGGGGGAGCGUGGCGCCAUCGAUAAUAUUUGAUUAUGUAUGUUAUUUGCAAUGGUUGCCAUGUUUUCAGUACUGUGCGCUGUGUUACCCGUAAUCACGUACUGUAAUAGAACAUAACUGCCAUACCCACCAUGGGAAAAUAAAGUCCCACUGAGAAAACACACAGGCCUACUGGCU